UCUGCAGUUAAUAUUUUGACACCAAUAUGGGAAAGCAAAACAGCAAACUACGCCCUGAAGUCAUGCAAGAUUUGCUAGAAAGUACAGACUUUACAGAACACGAGAUCCAGGAGUGGUACAAAGGCUUCUUGAGAGACUGUCCAAGUGGACAUUUAUCUAUGGAGGAGUUUAAAAAAAUAUAUGGGAACUUUUUCCCUUAUGGGGACGCUUCUAAGUUUGCGGAACAUGUAUUCCGCACUUUUGACGCCAACGGAGAUGGAACAAUAGAUUUCAGAGAAUUCAUCAUAGCCUUGAGCGUAACGUCGAGAGGUAAACUGGAGCAAAAGCUGAAGUGGGCAUUCAGCAUGUACGACCUUGAUGGGAACGGCUACAUCAGUAAGUCAGAGAUGCUGGAAAUCGUGCAGGCAAUCUAUAAGAUGGUUUCUUCUGUAAUGAAGAUGCCGGAAGACGAGUCGACACCAGAGAAGAGGACAGAGAAGAUCUUCCGCCAGAUGGACACCAAUCGCGAUGGAAAGCUCUCUCUGGAAGAGUUCAUCCGAGGCGCCAAGAGCGAUCCAUCCAUAGUCCGUCUCCUGCAGUGUGAUCCCAGCAGCGCCGGGCAGUUCUGAACCUGCUCUUUGGAUUAAUUAUGUAUCUGCUUUUUUUUUUUUUUCCUUGCCAAACAACAUUCAUGGUAGUGUUGCCUCUGUAUGGCCAAUUAUGCCUUCUUUUGUGGCAUCUUAUAGCUUCUUUUGUUGUGGAUUAAUUAUAAGAAUGCUGAAUUGCUCUUAACAAUUUGUCCAGAGCACGGGCAGUACUGUUUUAAACAGAUAUUGUGGUGUUAUCAUUGUUUUAAAGAUUUCAUUUUGGUUUUUGUUUUAACAUGUCUAUUUUGGAAAGUACACGUUGAGAAGGAGGAAACCAACAACAAAACCCUUGGCAGCAAGACACACUGACAGAUUUUUAGACUGCUGCUUUAGUAGCUGAGUAUUCACCUGCGGGACCUGAAAGUGUAGUAGAGGUUGAACCAAAGGGGUUGUGAUGGGUGGGGAAGGAUUCACCUGGAACCUCCUCUCCUGUCCAGGAGGCACCAGUUAAGGUCAAAGACAGGAUUGGGAAGAAGUAUAAAAGUGCAAAAUGGGUGCAGGGUGUAUUGUCCACACCCCUGCUUCUACGCCUCGUUGUUUCAAUGCUG